AUGACGUCCACGCGUGGGACUCAGCAGGUGCAUGGUGGCCUCGAUAUCUCUGGGCACGGGGAGCAUGAACUCCUCAUCAUCACCUUUGACCUCUGCCAGCUCUGGAUAGUCUAUGCGGAGCGGCCUCUAACUGACAACAACAGAUCGUUGGCCUCCUAUGGCUUGAAAGACGGGGAUGUGGUGAUUCUGCGACAGAAGGAGACCGUAGAGCCACGGCCCUCCAUCCGCUUCCCAGGUCUGCCGAGGAUAGACUUCAGCAGCAUCGCGGUUCCCGGGACGUCCUCUCAGCAGCAUCAGCCCCCAGCACAGCGUCCUCGCCCCUCGCCUCCCGAUGCGCCUUCGUUCCCUCAGGGUUUGGACAACCCGGUGCUGCUGCGGGAGAUGCUGCUUGCGAAUCCCCACGAGCUGUCCCUGCUGAAGGAGCGCAACCCGCCCUUGGCGGAGGCGUUGCUCAGUGGAGACCUCGAGAAAUUCACCAGGGUGUUGCUGGAGCAGCAGCAGGACCGAGCCCGGCGGGAGCAAGAGAGGAUCCGACUCUAUUCAGCUGACCCUUUUGAUCUCGAGGCGCAGGCCAAGAUCGAAGAAGACAUAAGGCAACAAAACAUUGAAGAAAAUAUGACAAUAGCAAUGGAAGAGGCCCCCGAGAGCUUUGGCCAGGUGGUGAUGCUGUAUAUUAACUGCAAAGUCAACGGCCAUCCAGUGAAAGCCUUCGUUGACUCAGGUGCCCAGAUGACCAUCAUGAGCCAAGCUUGUGCUGAAAGGUGCAACAUAAUGAGGCUGGUAGAUCGGCGGUGGGCUGGCAUUGCUAAAGGUGUAGGGACGCAGAAAAUAAUUGGCAGAGUGCACUUAGCUCAGGUCCAGAUUGAAGGGGAUUUCCUGGCGUGCUCCUUCUCAAUCCUUGAAGAGCAGCCCAUGGACAUGCUUCUAGGACUGGAUAUGCUUAAGAGGCAUCAGUGUUCAAUUGAUCUCAAGAAGAAUGUACUAGUGAUCGGCACGACUGGCUCGCAGACCACCUUCCUCCCGGAGGGCGAGCUCCCAGAGUGUGCCCGGCUGGCUUACGGGGCCGGGCGGGAAGACGUGCGGCCGGAGGAGAUUGCAGACCAGGAGCUAGCAGAAGCAAUACAGAAGUCCGUAGAGGAAGCAGCUGCUGCUAGAUGGUGCCAGGAAAACCGAGAGAAAGAACAGGAAACUGGAGAGGGAGAGAGAGAGCACAAAAUGCAGCACUAA